AGGGGGCUCCUCAAAUUAGGUUUUCUGUUAUUGUGUCAUUUGAGUUGGAGACAGUGUCGGAGAAAAACAAUUUGUUGUCUUAUUGGGAAUAUAAAAUGUCUUUAGAAGUGAACAAUUUGUUGAACGUGUCUCAGGAGCAAGAGUCUGAAAUAGUAGACAAGCAGAAUGCAAUUGGUGAUGAUGAUGGCAAAGCAGAGCUGGACAUUGUCAUCAACAAUGUCGUGUGUUCCUUCAGUGUGAAGUGUCAUCUCAAUCUGCACGAUAUUGCUUUAACUGGCGUCAAUGUAGAGUACAGGCGAGAGAAUUCCAUGCUCACGAUGCGUUUGCGUCGUCCUUAUACCACGGCGUCGAUAUGGUCCUCGGGGCGAAUUACCUGCACAGGUGCCACAUCGGAGGAGGAUGCCAGGAUUGCCGCUCGUCGCUAUGCUCGAUGUUUGCAGAAACUGGGAUUUCCCGUGGGCUUUCAUAAUUUUCGCAUCUACAAUGUGUUGGGCACUUGCACCAUGCCCUGGGCCAUUCGCAUUGUGCAGUUCUCGGAGCAUCAUCGCAACCAAGCCAGCUACGAGCCGGAACUGCAUCCGGGUGUCACUUAUCGCAUGACUGAUCCGAUUGCCACGCUCAAGAUCUUCGCGACUGGCAGCAUUACGGUGACCGCACAAAAUGUGGCCACCGUUGAUUUGGCCAUACAACGUAUCUAUGAUUUGGUCUACGAAUUUCGUAAUGAGAGCAGUCGCAGGGAUCUGGGGGAGUCACAGCUAAAGGAUUGCUUAUCGAAGACCCCACGACAUCCAGCACUUGGCGCUCCACGUGUGGCAUCAACAACGUGGCGUCCCAAGCCACCGGUACAUUCGUACAUGAAGUUCCUCGACAGCAUUCCCAAUACUAUGCCGCCACAGAUGAAUAAGAAUUCUUCAAUCCACAAUACUUCAAUCAACAAUACUUUAACCAACACUACCUUAAUCAAAAAUAUUUCCAACAACAAUACUUCUAUAAACAAGAGUUUAAACAAUACUACUUUAACCAACACUACCUUAAUCAACAAUAUUUCCAACAACAGUAAUACUAUCAAAAAUAGUUUGAACAACACUGUUUUAAUCAACACUAUUUUACCUACUACUUCAAUCAACAAUUUAACCAACUGUGCUUUAACCAACACUACUUUAACCAACACUACUUUAACUAACACUGCCUUAACCAACACUUCUUUAACCAACACUACUUCAGUCAACGCUACUUCAAUCAAUGAUGCGGAGAUGAGCAGCAGCGGUAGUGAUAACAUAUUCUCCAAUGCACGUCGCCGGGCCAGCGAACGUUGGGUAACCAAGUUGCAGGAGAAACAAUCUCGUUUGACUGAUCCCAGCUCCUUCGCCAAUACGACUGCGUUGCCUGCAUCUCGUAGUGUCCCCCAAACGACCAAGAAACCACUUUUACCGCACAACAAGCAGCUGAAUUCAAACAACUUGCGACGUCCGAAGGCGCUGCCAAGAUCUGCCUCAAUAUUGCCACCGAUUCCCACACGCCGCACUACAAUUGCAGCUCCCAUUGCCACCAGAAAAAAGCCAGCAGCAGUUAGUGUUCCUUCGAAUAUUCAAUUGGUUGAGACAGCGAACUCUGAGGAAGUCGCAGAGGAUGAAAUUAACUGGCAAAUGUAAUAUUGAUAUGUAAAUGAUCUCAACUUAGA